CGUCAGCCCGUCGAGCGAUGUAAGAAGUGGCCAAAACAGAGCAGCCAGAGAUUCAUAAUAGCCCUAGGAACAACAAAACAGGAAUACAAUCCCCGCACACCAUCAAGCAUCAAGGAGCAGCAGAGGCAUCAGGAUGAGUGGCAGCCAUAAAAUGUGGUGCUGCCAAGUAUUUAUCUUAGCUUUAUUUGCCCACACGAUUCCGGCGGAGUUCCAUUCCAGCGCAGCUCAUGCCGGCAUUAGCUUCGAUGGCCCCUCGCCGGCUCUCAAUACGGAUGCAGUGACUCCAACAAGCAGGCCGAAGCGUCGCGUAUACGCCCUGUGUCCGCCACAAUUCCAUCGCGUGGGCACCGAUUGCUACUCGCUGGUGGAGCAGCGCAGCAGCUGGCUGGAGGCGCACUUCUUCUGCAAGGACAAGAACGCCAAUCUCACGGAGCCGGGAAAGCAUGCCGACAAGAAGCUGAGGCAGUUCCUCCAGAAACAGGAUGCCCUUUCAGGAGAGAAAGAUCCCAUCUGGCUGGGAGCCACCUAUGAUCACCACAACAACCAAUGGCAGUGGAGCAUGAGUGGCCGCAAUCUGACCAACGACUCCUUCAGCCGCACCGAUCCCACCUAUGUGCAACUUAUCUCCAACAGCCAACCGAUGGACAGCAAUUGUGCCAUCUACGAUCCGAAUCUCAAGUACCGCUGGUCGGCGCGUCCCUGCUCGGAUAAGUUGCGCUUCAUCUGCCAGCACAAGAUGCCCAAGGUGAGCGGGCCGAAUCGCUACAAGAUCUACAAUCGCUGGAACGCCACCUAUCCGAAUCAGCAGGCCAACGAGGUGGUUCUGGAGAUUCUCGAGCCGCGUGCAAACGAUCGCAGAUUCCAUCGACGUGUGAAGGCCGAGGGCAGCGACGAGGAGAUGAUCAUCCCCAACCGACGACGCAAUAAUAAUCGCCGCAAUAACCAGAGAAACCGCCAGGUGCCAAACCAGAAUCAGCAUCCCAACGAUGUGAACUACCAGCCGGGGGAGCAACGUCAGAGGAAUCGUCCUCGUGCCACCAGCACCACUGUGGCGCCACCGUCUCCCCAAUCGGUUAAUCCAUCUAAUGAUGUCCUGGCUGCCUCACCGACGCCCCAGCAGAUGACCCAGUAUGAUCGCAAGCUGCAACGCCAGCGGGAGCGGGAACGUCGCCGCCAGUUGCGUCGCCAGGAGCGCCAGAAGUUGGCUCGCAAACAGAAGCAGGAGAAGCAACGUCGCCAGCGGGAGGAGCGCCAGCGAUUGCAGCGGGAGGAGCAGCAGCGCCGCCAGCGAUUGCAGCACGAUGAUCCCAAGCCCCAGGUGGUCGAUGAACUGCGUCAGCGUUCGGCAGAGGAGCAGGAAAGGAAGCUGAGGGAGGAUCAGGAAAGGAAGCAGCAAGAGGAGCAGGAAAAGAAGCUAAAGGAGGAGCAGGAGCGGAUCAGGCAGGCGGAGGAGGAGCAGCAGCAUCAGCAGCAGCUGGAGGAGAAUCAGCAGCAGCAGCUUCGCGAACUCAAGGCCAAGCAGCAGCGUCAGCAGCAGGAGCAGGAGUACCAGAAGCAGAAGCGCGACCAGGAGCUGGAGCUGCUGAAGCAACGGCAGCUGGAGGCCGAGCGCCAGCAUGCCGCCGAUGAGGCAGCCGAGAAGCUGCGCCAGGAGCGCAUCCACAAGCAGCGCGAACUGGAAGCGGAACAGCGGCGGGAACGCGAGGAGCAGCGGCGCAAGCAGCGCGAGGAGCAGGAGGAACUGGAUCGCCAGAACCACGCGAAGCGCCUGGCCGAGGAGAAGCGACUGCAGGAGCUGUACGAGGAGCGACUGAGGCAGGCCAACACGGAGCGCGAGAAGCAGCUGGCCGAGGCGCACGAGGCCAAGCGGCGCGAGGAGCAACAGCUGCAGGAGCAGCUGAAGAAGCAGGAGGAGGAGCGCCAGGAGCAGAUUCGCCGCGAGCAGGAGGAGGAGGAGAAGCGCCUCGAACUCCAGCGGCUGGAAGAGACGAAGCGGUUCGAGGAGAAGGAGCUGAAGCGCCUGCACGAGGACAACCGGCGGCGCGAGGAACAGAAGAUUCAGCGCGAUCGGGAAAUCGCCCAGCGACUGGCCGCCGAGAAGAAGCUGGCCGAGGAGGAGGAGCAGCUGCGCCGGGAGGUGGCCGAGGAGGAGCGGGCAGUGAAGCAGCGGCUGGAGGACGAGGUGCGCCAGGCGGAGGAGGCGCGCAAGGCCAAGGAGGCCGAGGAGCGGGCCGCCGAGGAGGCCAAGGCCGCCGACCAGAAGCGUCGUGUCGAGGCGGCCAAGAAGCUGGCCGACGAGGAGGUCAAGGCCAAGCUGGAGGAGAAGAGGCGCGAGUACGCCAGUCGCAUCUCGGCGCUGAGUCCCGAGGACCAGAAGAAGUUCAUCGAGAUGCGCAAGCGGCGCAAGCAGCUCAAGGAGAAGAAGGAGCGAGACCAGCGGGCGAAGGAGCUCAAGCGGAUACAGCAGGCCAUGCGGCUGGAUGACAACGAGUAGGGGGAGUCCAGGCGGCAGAUCACCACCACCCACUAACCAAUACUAACCGAGACAUAUCGAUCAAAUUGGUUCCACAUACGCACCGUUGCCCAGUCGAUCCCUUUUCGAUGGUUUUCUUUGUGCUUUUUAGCUGGAA